AUGUCGUUAAGUGAUUCCUUAAGGUCAGUUCUUCCUGCAAAUCAACAAUUCGAAUAUUUAUCGUUACAGUCUAUCCCAAUAGAAACCCAUGCUGUUGUAACAUCAGAUAGAACUGACAAGAGAGUCGCGAAACACACGAUCAAGACUCAACACUUCUUUAGUCUCUUCCAUCAGGAGAAAGUUUUCUUUUCAUUGGAAGUGUAUGUUUAUAUUACACUUUGGGAUGAAAUGGAUGCCGAAAGAUUAGUAUUUGUAUCGAAGGCAGAUACUAAUGGCUAUUGUGAUACGAAGGUAAGCAUUAGAGACAUAUCAAAGGUGCUGCUUAAAUUCAUUUUAUCAAUUGAUCCAAAUUACUAUCUUCAAAAAGUGAAACCAAUUGCCAGACCAUACCAAAAGAUGUCCAUUGAGAUGAUUCAUCCGGCAAGUACGCCUACUAAAACUUUAAGAACACUAGCUAAAAGGCUAAAACAGUUUGGAGGCACAAAUCUCGAAGAAGCAGCGUUAUCACGCUUCCUACAAGAUUUCUACCAUUCAUGGACUUGCUCUCGUAAAAUUUUGACCAAAAUUUGUUUAUUUACCAGACCUGCAUCCCAGUACCUCUUUCCAGAUUCUUCAAAGAACCACAAAAAGCAUAUACUAAAUGGUGACCAGCUACUCAAAUGGUGGAGUUCCAUUUUGGAUAGUCUUCUGGUAGAUUGUUUUCAGAAUGGUACACAAGCAAAAUUGAGGAUUCCAGGCGAAGAUCCUGCUCGAGUAAGGUUAUACCUAAGGGGAAUGAAAUACCCACUAUGGCAAGUGGGUGAUAUAUUCACUCCCAACGAAAAGUCUCUUGCAGUAUAUAGUAUUCCAUUAUUCCCAGACGAUCCUAAAGCUAGAUUUAUACAUCAAUUGGCUGAGGAAGACCGCCUGCUCAAGGUAAACUCCUCGACUUUCUGGAUUGAGCUGCAAGAGCGCCAAGAGUUCAAAUUGAGCGUUACAGCAUCAGUAAUGGGUGUAUCAGGAUAUUCUCUUGUUACCCCAACCUUCCUUCCGUCUAGUGCUGAUGUCAUUGUGCCAAGGUCAAAGAAGCAGUUCAAGGGCGUCAAGAAGUACAUCACUGGAGAAGAAUACGAUACCGAGGAAGGCGCCGUAGAGGCCUUUCUAAACAUUCGCGACUUUCUGAUUCUCAGAAUGGCAACAAACCUUCAGUCUUUAACAGGGAAGAGAGAGUGUCGGGCAAGUAGCCCACUGGGCUCUACGAGUAAUAAUAACGCUGUGGAAGUAACCUUGUUGAAACCCCGUAAAAAGUCCAAAACCCAGCCUACGACACACCAGAGAUAA